CUCUCUCUCUCUCUCUCUCUCUCUCUCUCUCUCUCUCUCUAUCUCUCUCUAUCUCUCUCGCUCGAUGUGGGGGAAGGUUUCACAGACGACAAAACGAGGGUUUUGUGAAAACGGAAAAGAGAAAGAAAGAAAGAAAGGGAAGUUCUAGAGAGAGAAAUUCCUCAUUCAUCAACCAGAGAGAGAAUUUCGGAGAAGGACGAGUGUUUGGAGCUUCUGUUUCUGGUCGAAUCUGAAGCUAGGGUUUACCGCUCUGUUGUCAAGUGUUUUAUAAUUUGAUCUGUUCGUCUGCUAGAUGGAUGAAAAGGCUUUCACUUUUCAUGCUCUCAAGGAUGGUGUAUGAAGCAUGAUGACACUUGAAGACUUCUUCACCUUGACUGAAAUAAAAAAUGGGCUUACAGCCCCAUGCAGAGUUGAGGAGUUGAUCAAUGUUAUGCAAAAGGAGAAGGAUUGUUUUGUUAAGAAUGUCAGCGAUGCAACCAGGCACUGGGCUGCUGUUGCAGGUGCUAUUGCAGCUACGGAGAAUAAAGAUUGUCUCGAUCUUUUUAUCCAAUUAGAUGGACUGAGCUUCAUUCAAAGAUGGCUUAAGGAUGCUCAAAAAUUUAGUAACGAUUCAAAUGAUAGCACCGUGGAAGAAUCUAUCAUUGUUCUGUUGCAAGCACUUAAAAAGCUACAUAUAACUGCUGAGAAAUCUAUUUCUUCUGGAAUUUUGUUUACUGUUAAGGGCCUGCAUGAAACUACUGACAAUGGAAAAUCUAGGUUUGGGAAUGAAUUGAGUGUACUUCUUGACAGGUGGAUGCAGGAGAUAAAUGAUAAAGAUUUACUCCAUGAUGCAGAAAAUCGUGGUGUACGUUUUGAUGAAGAUUCAAAUCUUGCUCCUGGAGCAGGAACGUCAUCUGCUUCAGGUGCAUCUGUUUCAAGAGAAUUAUCCAAUGAUGGAAAACAAGCAACAGAACCUGUCAGGGACAAGAUAUUGUCCCCCGGAAACUCUGAUGCUCUUCACUCAGAUAAGGUUGAAGAUUCAAAAGUUCAAUCUCCAAGAAACAAGGUUCAAUCUCCAAGAAACGAGAUCGAGUCUCAUUCAGUUUCUGGAAAUUCAGUUGUGAAAGAUAUAUCUCCAGAUUUAACAACAAACUCUGCUGGUGAGGAUGCUUUGAAGAAGGAUGAAACAUCUCUAUGUUCUGUUGGAGGAGGAAGUUCAGCUAGUGUGGCUUGUAGCUUUCCAGCUGCAAGGGAAGGCUGUGGUAAUGAACAGUUGGAUGGUUCAAAGAAGUUGAAUGAGUUGCCGGAGCUUGAAAACCAAGUGAACAAGAUUGAUGGCUCUUCUGGUAGGUCAUGUGUGAUAGAGAAAUCAGAUAAUUGUUCACAUUCCUCCUUGCAGGUUCCCGGAACUGUUUUGGAAGGUUUUGAUGUUGCAAAUGGUGAAGAGCCUGCUGAAGAAGCUCCAGCUCAACAAGAUAAUGAUGAUCUUGCCAAUGCUGGUGUCCGUCAAUGCAGUUCUAGUCUAGAUAGUGAGAAAGUUUCCACAUUAGAUUCAGGAAGUGGGAUAUCUGAUAGAAAGACAAAUUAUGCUAGCAUGCCUGUGUUCAAAUCUGCAGGCCUAGAUGCUGAGUGCUAUCGAAAUACUCUGCGGGGUUUGUCUAUGAAUGGGAGUCUAAUAGGAAAACUUGAGGAUCGUGGGGCUUCUUUUUCGAGGAUGGAAAACUUUGGUCAAGUCAAUGGAGGCAGACAAUGUAGGAGAAAGGAAGAUGACGGUGGAAUGAUUAAUUUUGAAUUUUCGAAACAGAAAUCAAAUCCCAGAACUUCAAAUAUUAUUGAUAAUAGGUCAGAUAUGGAACUUGAGUAUGGUAUAGUUGAUGCUCUGGAGGUUGCUCGGCAAGUAGCUCAAGAAGUAGAAAGAGAAGUGGUGGAUUAUCGAGAGCCAUCCUGCAGCUCUUCUUCUGAUAAAGUUUCUGAUGGUGGAAUCAGGCAGUUGGGAAAACUAGACACCAUGGCUGACAAACAGGACCUUCCGGCUGACCUCCAAGCAAGGGAGGUCCAGUCUGCAAAAAGUAAUGUUGCUGAAUCAUAUUCUGAUGCGGAGACAUGCUUAACCCAUCCAGAUAAUUUAGAUACUCAACCAGAAAAUUUAAAUGAAAGGGAAUCCUCCUUGGUCAGCGAAGCAGCUCGAGGGGUAGAUGCGAGUACAGAAAAAGGAUUUUGUGAAUUUGAUCUAAAUCAAGAUGUAUUUAAUGAUGAUGCCGAGCAGUUAGCAACUCCAGUAUCUUUACCGGUAUCUGUUACCUCUGUUUCUAGACCAGCUGCUUCAUCUGGAUUGCCUCUAACACCUUUGCAGUUUGAAGGGGUGCUUGGAUGGAGAGGCUCUGCAGCCACUAGUGCUUUCCGGCCUGCUUCCCCACGUAAAGUUCCUGAUAGUGAUAGAACACUUUCUAGUGGGGGAAAUUCUGAUAGUUCAAAGCAGAGACAGGAUUUUCUUGACAUUGAUUUGAAUGUGGCUGAGACUGGAGAAGAAACGAGGAAACAAAACCUGGGAUCAUCUUUCCCUCAAUCUGGAGAGUUUUUAGUUGAAAGUGGACAACGAAGAUCUGGGGGACUAAAGCUGGACCUUAACUGCGUAGGCGAGGAUGUUGAUGCUCCAUCAUCAGAUUUGAGAAUGGAGGGACUCGUUAACAUCCAGAAUAGCUACAGUGCUUCUCCUGCCUGUUCUUCGUCAUCGAUGCAACCUUUGGUAAGGAAUAUUGAUUUGAAUGAUAGGCCAUGUGUUCAAGGUGAUGCUCCUGAUCAAGGCCCUGGUAAGUAUUGUCAAAAUGCAAGUGCUUAUGGACGCCCAAAUUCGGAUGCUUCUGUUAUUUCCAUUAUGGGUAAAAGGGUGGCAGUUAAUAGAAAAGAUUUUCCUUUUCAUGCUUCACCGUUGCCAAACGGCAGAAGUGUUGAGCCUGCUGGAAUGGGUGCUACUUUGACAAGAACAGGCGAUAUACUAGGAAUGAGCUCUGCGGCUUCUUACCACCAGACUCCUUUUAUUGGAUACAAUGGAUUGACUCCAGGGCCGCCAACCAUUUCAUUCUCAACCAUGUACGAACCUAGCGGUUCAAUUCCUUACAUGGUUGAUUCAAGAGGAGCUGCUGUUAUGCCUCAAAUUAUGGGCCCUAUGUCAGCUGUUCCGCCUUCCUCUUACUCUCACCCACCGUUUGUCAUGGGCAUGACGGAUCCACAGCUGACUCCCAACGGUUUAGCUCAUUCGCGUCCUAAAUUUGAUUUGAAUUCUGGAUUAAGUGAUUCUGGGGGUUUAAAGCAGUUUCUACUCCCAGGCCAUUUCCGAACUGUGGAAGAGCAGUUGAGACAACCACCCUCAAGUUCUGGAGUUGGUGCGAAAAGGAAAGAACCAGAUUGCCCUGAUGGUGGGUGGGAAGGGUAUAUGCUAAGCUAUAAACAUCACCAGCCUCCAUGGAAACAGUAAUCCUUCCGCUCAUCAACUUUUUCUCACUUUUGGAGUUGGACCCUUUCGUUAAUUCACAGAAGUAUACUGAUGAUCACUGUCAGAGAAUGAUUCAUCCGAGGAGGCUGAACCCCUUCGCCAUGGUGGUGGUGGUGGUGGGGGGUGGUUUCAUUCAUGACUAAAUAAAGCUGGGUAAAUUGUGCUGUUAUAUGAUUCGCGAGUUAAUUGUUGAGGGAAAUCUAGGGUUUUUUUUUUUCUUUGUUUCCUUUCUUGGGGUUCUCAUAUAUUUUCCUUUUCUUUUUGUUCCUUAUUAUUAUUAUCUUUAUGGUGUUUUUUCAUAGGAAGGCCAUUGCAAAAAAGAAAAAAAAGAAAAGAAUGCGGCUUUGGUACGUGUAGUCGUGUAUUCUAUAUUCCAUACAUAUCACAGAAUUUUAGCAUUAGGGUCUUUACCAUUUUAUCUAAAGGUAGAGUUAUUUUAUUUUUA